CUGGUGGAGCCUGGACAUGGGAUGCCGAGUGGCCUCGGGGAGCCUAGUGGGAGCACAGGCACCUGCGGGCCGCGGCCGUGACGGGCACUGAGCGCUCAGGAUGUCCACGACGACGACCGUGACCUCCGCGGGCAUCCCGGCGGCCCCGGGCCCCGUAAACCCGCCCCCGCCCGAGGUCUGCAACCCCAGCAAGCCUGGCCGCAAGACCAACCAGCUGCAGUACAUGCAGAACGUGGUGGUGAAGACGCUGUGGAAGCACCAGUUCGCCUGGCCCUUCUACCAGCCCGUGGACGCCAUCAAGCUGAACCUGCCCGACUAUCAUAAAAUAAUCAAGAACCCCAUGGACAUGGGGACGAUUAAGAAGAGGCUGGAGAACAAUUACUACUGGAGUGCCAGCGAGUGUAUGCAGGACUUCAACACCAUGUUUACAAACUGUUACAUUUAUAAUAAGCCCACAGACGACAUCGUGCUCAUGGCCCAAGCCUUAGAGAAGAUUUUUCUACAGAAAGUGGCCCAAAUGCCCCAGGAGGAAGUUGAGCUAUUGCCCCCUGCCCCGAAGGGCAAAGGCCGGAAGCCAGCUGUGGUGGCCCAGAGUACAGGGACGCAGCAAGUGGCGGCCAUGUCCUCUGUGUCCCCGGCGACCCCCUUCCAGAACGUCCCUCCCGCUGUCUCCCAGACGCCUGUCAUUGCUGCCACCCCUGUGCCAACCAUCACUACCAACAUCGCCACGGUCCCCGUGCCCCCCUCUGCCGCCCCACCGCCCCCCGCUGCUCCCAGCAUCCCCGUCGUGCCCCCCACACCGCCCGUCGUCAAGCCGCCGCGGAAGGACCUGGAGGAGGGCGAGGUGCCGCAGCACGCGGGCAAGAAGGGCCGGCUGUCGGAGCACCUGCGCUACUGCGACAGCGUCCUCAAGGAGAUGCUGUCCAAGAAGCACGCGGCCUACGCCUGGCCCUUCUACAAGCCCGUGGACGCCGAGGCCCUGGAGCUGCACGACUACCACGACAUCAUCAAGCACCCCAUGGACCUCAGCACUGUCAAGAAGAAGAUGGACAGUCGGGAAUACCCAGACGCACAGGGAUUUGCAGCCGACAUCCGGCUAAUGUUCUCCAACUGCUACAAGUACAACCCCCCGGACCACGAGGUGGUGGCCAUGGCCCGAAAGCUGCAGGACGUGUUUGAGAUGCGGUUCGCCAAGAUGCCUGACGAGCCCGCGGAGGCCCCUGCGCCCCCCGCCCCCGCCGCGCCUGCGGUGAGCAAGGGCGCCGAGAGCAGCCGCAGCAGCGAGGAGAGCUCAUCGGACUCCGGCAGCUCCGACUCGGAGGAGGAGCGCGCCACCAGGCUGGCAGAGCUGCAGGAGCAGCUGAAGGCUGUCCACGAGCAGCUGGCCGCCCUGUCUCAGGCCCCCGUGAACAAACCAAAGAAGAAGAAGGAGAAGAAGGAGAAGAAGCGGGACAAGGACAAGCACAAGGCCAAGGCCGAGGACGAGAAGAAGGCCCGGGCGGGUCUGCCCACCAAGCAGGCCCAGCAGAAGAAGGCCCCUAUCAAGAAGGCCAACAGCACCACGCCGGCCACCAGGCAGCCGAAGAAGGGUGGCAAGCAGGCCUCGGCCCCCUAUGACUCCGAGGAGGAGGAGGAUGGCCUGCCCAUGAGCUACGACGAGAAGCGGCAGCUGAGCCUGGACAUCAACCGGCUGCCAGGGGAGAAGCUGGGCCGCGUGGUGCACAUCAUCCAGUCCCGGGAGCCCUCACUCAGGGACUCCAACCCCGACGAGAUCGAGAUCGACUUCGAGACGCUGAAGCCCACCACCCUGCGGGAACUGGAGCGAUACGUCAAGUCCUGCCUGCAGAGGAAGCAGAGGAAGCCUCUCUCGACCGGCGGGAAAAAGCAGGCGGCCAAGUCGAAAGAGGAGCUGGCGCAGGAGAAGAAGAAGGAGCUGGAGAAGCGGCUACAGGACGUCAGCGGGCAGCUCAACAACAAGAAGCCUGCCAAGAAAGAGAAAGGUGGCCCUGCGCCCUCGGGCGGCCCGGCGCGGCUCAGCAGCAGCAGCUCCUCCGAGUCCGGGAGCAGCAGUUCCAGCGGGUCCAGCUCGGACAGCAGCGACUCGGAGUAGACGCGACCUGCGUGCAACCCCAGCACCCCCUCCCGUGGUCAAUAGAGCCCCUCUGUCUGUGGCGUGCCGGUCUCCUUGCUUCAGUGUCCCGGGCUCCGCCAGGCUUUGUUCACAGGUCAGAGACCCUGUGCGUGGGCAUCAGCAUCCCCGAGGGGCCGCUGCCCACCCGGAGCCCUGUGGCAGGGAGAGGACAGCUCCCGGUGCUGCCUGGUGCCGCAGAAACAGUGAGGGGGACUGCAGGCUCUGAGUGCCCCAUUCUUCUGCCCGACCCAGCCUGCUGUCCCAGAAGAAUUUCUGGGAGCCGGCGGCCCGGGCGGGGAGGCGGGCGGUGUCUGGCCGGCCCCAUGCCCACUGCUGUCCGCUCUUCUGGAGGGGCGAGACCCAGGGCUGGAGUGGAGGGCCGAGGCUGGGCUGGCAGGGUGGCAUUGGGAGCGCUGGGCAGGGUGCCCACGGUUCCCUGGGUUCCGGUUCCCAUACACGGAAGCCUUUACCUCAACUCAAACCCGAGAAGGAGAGAAGAUGUAACGGAGGAGGAGCCUUUUGUUUGUUUGUUUGUUUGUUUGUUUGGUAAGGUUCUGCAGUUUUCUACAACAAGCCAGCCCAGCCCCGUGUGCCCCAGCCAGUUAGUGCUGCUGCAGCCCGCUCCGGAAGGUCCCUCCCAGCUCCGUGUAUAUAGAAACUAUUUAUUAACAUCAUUGGUCAUUUUUUAAAAAAGGAAAAAGAAAAAAAAGCAAGGGAAACCAAACCUUAGAAGACACGCAGUUCACGCAGAGACGGGCGCAAGAAGCAGGCCUUGGGGCGGGCAGGGGGCGGCCCCUCCCCCGCAGGUGCUACAGCUCUGGGCCCCCCGGCUUGUCACAGCUUGGGGGCGCGGGGCCCUUUGUGGGUGGGUGUUUGGUGGCCUCUGGAGACUCGGCAGGUGUAGAAGACUCCCGGCUGCGGCACCAUCUCUCUCUCUCUCUCCUUUGAAAACUGUUUGUUAGGUCUUUUGUAUUCAUGCCUGGUCUCUCUAGGACUGCUCUAAGUGAAAACAAUUUAGGGAGCUCCCCUCCCCACUUGCCCCUAUCCACACCCCCUUAUAUAAUAUAAACUUUGUAAUCCGAGAGGGAAAAAAAUGUAUAGUAAAUCUAAGUCUUGAUUUUUAACUUUCUAUUGUAAAGAAAAGUAAUAAUAAUAUACAGAGUUUAACAGAAGGUUGGGUUGGGUUGGGUUUCUCAGAGGUGGCCGCAGGGCUACCCGGCUGCGGACCGGACUCUGCCCUGUGCGUGGUGGGUUGGCCCAAGAGUGCCAAGGUGGCCUUCCGGGCAAAGGUGGGCGCAUGCCCCAGCUUCUAGGGGACGGGCCAGCUGGUCAGGAGUGGUGACAAAGCAGGUGGGCCCACCCCCCCAAGCCUGACAUCCUCACCAGCCAUGUGUCUUGGGGGAGGGCAGGGAGCUGGCAGUCUCUGUGAUGGGGCUGGAUGUGGCGGCACUUCUGGGCAGAUGGGGCCUGGCUGGUCGUGCCCAGCAGCUCACUGGAUGAGGAAGCCUCUGCUGGUUUCUGAGCCCUGAGCAGGGCGGGGCCGAGAACAGGCCCUAUUUCCUCACCUUUGGGGACAUUGACACUUGGUGCGUCUGGAGCCAGUUUGUUAAAACGUCUGUUUGUUUGUAAUAAAAAUAUAAACGGACUGUAAACUUUCCAUUUUUUUACAGUAACCCGUCUUAAAGGUUUUACAAAGGACUGUCCAAAUUGUGACUUUGAGGACAUUAGCAGGGGGCAGGUGGGCCCAGAGCCAGGGCCUGAAGCUCCAGCACCUGCCGCCAAGAUAUGGGGUCUUCCCUGUGGAUCUCAGAUGGGGGGCGGGCUUUGGCCCAGGGGCUCUGCCCUGCCCAGCGGGCUCCCUGCAGCUGUGGGGCUGGGCUCGGGUCCCACUGAGCAGCUGCUUUUAAGACUGUCCAGGCUGCAAAGCUGAUUUCAGGGUGUUUUUUGUUUUUGUUUUCGGGAGAGGGUCUGUUAACAGCCAGGAUGUGGAAAAGGGGGGCAGUGGGGAGAUCUAUCUGCUCAUUCUGCACCCUGCACCCCCAUAAGCUGCCAGUUAGAAAUGCCCUCAUGCAGACAGCGGCCUGGUGGGGAUGUUCCACGGUGGUCCCCAGUACGGGAGGGUGUGAAGGGGCCUCUGCAAGUCGAGGGAGCCCCCAACCCCCCUACGGUCCAUGAGCGUGCUUACAAAAACUAACAUACGUUGUUUCCAUUGCUUGGCCCACGCCACCUGCAGUCCUGGGGUGGGGGUGGGGGGCUUCGUCAGGUGCUGUUGGUGAGCUGUUGCAGCUCACUUCAUAGCAGCAGCUUCCGGAAGGGUUUGUCCUUUGUUUCUUUGUUUUAUAUUUAAAAUGUUACUUUUCUGUACCAUGUGCAUGCGCGGUUUGCCGUACCUUUUCUUAAACUUUUUAGUGCCGUUCCUAGUAGAUUCCUGUACUGCCAGUUACUGACGAGUCCGCUGUGCGUAGUUUUAGCUUGUGGAUUGCAAUGCUGGCCCCGACACACAGUCACAAUGGUAGCGUUCUCUUCGAUGUUUCUGGUCAUCACGGACCCUGCUCCUGGGGCAUUUGCCUUGUUUUCAUAAUAAAAUGGAAAAUUCAAAAAGUG